AUGGGAUUAUUCGCUAAGGAAGCCACCAAGCAAGAUCAAACUGAGUCAAUUGAUGAAGAUGCAAUUGCUCAGAGGAUCUCAAAUAAACUCAGUGAGGAAAUCAUUCAAAAAAUGGAAGAGAAGUUAGAUGCAAGAUUGGCUCGGCAUACUCAAGAAAUUAAUAACAUGAUGAAUGCCUUUUUGAAAAAUCAAAUCAAACCAGCAGUUGACAAUCUUAAUACACGUUCAGCCAAUGAAGUAACUGAAAUUAUCAGAAUCAACAAAGAAUCGGCUGGAGAAGAUGCGACAUUCACAUAUUAUCACUUCAACUAUUAG